AUGAUGCAAAGUCCUAGGAAAUAUGGGAAAUGCAUGACAGUGACAACGAGGAGUGGUAAGGUACUUUCUAACACUAUUAUUAUAGGCGCUAAGCAAACUAAAGAUACAUUUUCUAAGAUUGAUGGGCAGGCAAGGCAUCAGACAAAUACGGUAGUUAUGUUCAAUGAAGAUGAUGAGGCUGAUGAGCUAGUAUUGGAGUGGAAAAAUACAAGGGAGAAUAAUGGUACAAAGCAAAUAGAGGCAGACGGACCUUACCCUUUUCCACCUAUUCACAAGCCGCCACCGCCAUUUUCCUAUUUAUUGAAGAACAAGGCCGAGGAUGGCAUAUUUCUGAAGUUUAUUUCAAUGCUUAAGGAAAUAUUGGUCAACAUUCCAUUGGUGGAAGCGCUAGAGCAAAUGCCAAGUUAUGCCAAGUUCAUGAAGGAUUUGGUUACAAAGAAGAGGACAGUUUCUUUUGUGCCAGCUGACAAUUUACAUCAGUGUAGCGCCAUUUCCACAAGAUCAUUGGUGGAAAAGAAGGAAGAUUCAGGAGCAUUCACCAUUGGUGCUUUCAAUUUUUCAAGGGCUCUAUGUGAUUUGGGAGCUAGCAUUAAUUCAAUGCUACUAGCCAUCUACAAACAGUUGGGCUUGGAAGCCCCCAAACAGACUUCUAUGCGGCUACUGAUGACGGAUAGAUCUGUGAAACAUCUAAUAGGAAAUUUUUGUGAUAUGUUGGUGCGAGUGAGCAAGUAUAUUUACCCUGCUGAUUUUGUCAUACUGGAUUGCCAAAUUGAUUUUGAGGUUCCGAUUAUCCUAGGGAGACCAUUUUUGGCGAUUGAUAGAACAUUGGUAGAUGUAGAGCAUGGAGAAAUUACAUUUAGUAUAAAAAAUAAAGACAUUAAGUUUAAUGUAUAUGGCUCCAUGAAGCAUCCAAAGGAUAUGACUGUGAUAUCUUUUUUCAAUAUUGAGGUAGAGAAUAUUAUUGAUGUGCCUAUUAAGGAAAGGCUUGCUGCUGACCCUUUACCAGCUAUAAUGAUGAAUUUUGAUGGUGAUGGUAUUGAGGGGUACGAUGAGUCUGUAAAUGCUUUGUAG